AUGGCGCUUGUAGCACCCAGCCUGCUGCUUACGGGCGGAUCAUUGGGCAGUUGGGAGGGUCCCUCGUGCAGACGACGACUCCGGGUCAGGUCUUCCCAGGCACCGUUCGGCCACCUGGCAACGGCGGCUUCUUGUGUAGUGCUUGCAGCCUCAUCUGCGAAGGCAGGGCGGGACGGCGGCCGGAAAGAAAAGAGAUGGCGACAAGAGUCGCCGUUCACGUAUCCGAUGUCUAAGUGGCGAGGGCAGACCGGUCGUGGCAAGAAAGGUCACUUCCAUCUGCUCGACAGAUACAUUCGACGCAUCGAUGCCCUCCUUCCAGAGGACAUGGAGGACCUGGUAAGGCCACUGAGUUACAAGCCGAACCAGGAGCAGACCACCAGGACUCUGAAGAUCACUUUCCCCGACGAAACUGUCAAGCCGGAUGGCGUUAAGGCUGAGGAAGUGCGCGACUUCCUGUUUCCCCUGGCGCCACAAGACGUAGCCUUGGGCUGGCAUGGAGAGGGAGGUGCGGAGGUCUACGUGAUGUUCGAGACAAACGAGGAAUGCCAAAAUGGACGGAAGCUCGAUGGCCAAAGGCUGGGCGGUCGCCAUGCUCAAGUGCGGUACUCCGUCGACAACAAGUUUCGUCGGGUCAUGGAAGAUUUGGGCCACUGGUCCAUGAGCAGCGACCAAGAGCAGGACCAAGACAGCUGCGGCUGCACUUGUUCUGCUGGGUUGAAAGUUCGUAGUUGA